UUAAUUAUGAUUUUUCUAUUUUUAAUUUCUCUACUCUCCCCCAGUUAUUCAUAAUUCACUUUUUUAAUUAUCAGGAAUCUAUAAAAUUAAUAUUAAAAUUUUAAACUGUUGUUAGUACCCGCAACCGCAAUGGCUGUGGACUUUUCGGGUCAAAAAGAAGGAAGGAACACGCAACUGUAGCUGUAGCUCUAACUCUAGCUCUUGCUCUUGCUGGCAGGGUUUCGAUUGUUCUUGGUUGCGAAAAUCUUGGAGAAAAUGUCUCAGAUCAGGUCAUCUUGUUUGUUCAUCCGACGACUCAAACAACGAUUGGUCAAUCCAGCUCUGUUCAUUCAGACUACCUCGUUUACUACAGCCGAAGGACAUCGUCCCAUCAUUGUACAUAAGCGUAGUCUUGAUAUUCUUCACGAUCCUUGGUUCAACAAGGGAACGGCGUUUUCCAUGACGGACCGAGAUCGUCUUGAUCUCCGAGGACUUCUUCCUCCAAAUGUUAUGUCUCGAGAACAACAAAUUGCGCGCUUUAUGGCUGACUUGAAGAGGCUUGAGGUGCAUGCAAGAGAUGGACCUUCUGAUCCAAAUGCUCUGGCCAAGUGGCGGAUACUUAAUCGGUUGCAUGAUAGAAAUGAAACUAUGUACUAUAAGGUUCUAAUUGCCAACAUUGAGGAAUAUGCACCUAUAGUUUAUACCCCAACUGUAGGUCUUGUUUGUCAGAACUAUAGUGGUCUAUUUAGGAGACCCAGGGGAAUGUAUUUUAGUGCUGAAGACCGCGGAGAAAUGAUGUCAAUGGUUUACAACUGGCCUGCUGAUCAGGUUGAUAUGAUUGUUGUUACGGAUGGAAGCAGAAUAUUGGGUCUUGGAGAUCUUGGAGUUCAGGGAAUUGGAAUUGCUAUUGGGAAGCUGGAUUUAUACGUUGCUGCUGCAGGGAUAAAUCCUCAGCGGGUGCUACCUGUCAUGAUUGAUGUUGGAACUAAUAACGAGAAGCUGCUUAAAGAUCCCCUUUAUUUGGGCUUGCAAGAACACCGUCUUGAUGGUGAUGAGUAUGUUGCUGUCAUUGAUGAAUUUAUGGAGGCAGUGUUCACUCGUUGGCCACAUGUGAUUGUGCAGUUUGAAGAUUUCCAGAGCAAGUGGGCUUUCAAGUUGUUGCAGCGGUACAGGAAUACCUAUAGAAUGUUCAACGAUGAUGUCCAGGGUACAGCUGGGGUUGCAAUUGCUGGCCUUUUAGGAGCUGUGAGGGCACAAGGAAGGCCAAUGAUUGAUUUUCCAAAGCAAAAGAUUGUUGUUGCUGGUGCUGGAAGUGCUGGAAUAGGGGUUCUGAAUGCUGCUAGGAAGACAAUGGCAAGGAUGCUAGGAAAUAAUGAAACUGCUUUUGAUAGUGCACGGAGUCAAUUCUGGGUAGUUGAUGCCAAGGGUCUUAUCACAGAGGAGCGUGAAAAUGUUGAUCCAGAUGCCCUGCCUUUUGCAAGGAAGGUGAAGGAGGUUGGGCGUCAAGGAUUAGGGGAAGGCGCAAGUCUCGUUGAAGUGGUGCGUCAAGUGAAGCCUGAUGUGCUUCUUGGGUUGUCUGCUGUUGGGGGACUGUUUUCGAAAGAGGUGUUAGAGGCUAUGAGGGGUUCAACUUCAACUAGACCAGCCAUCUUUGCAAUGUCAAACCCCACAAACAAUGCUGAAUGCACCCCAGAAGAAGCAUUUUCUAUUGUUGGUGACAACAUUAUAUUUGCAAGUGGAAGUCCAUUUAAAGAUUUUGAUAUGGGAAAUGGUCAUAUUGGGCACUGCAAUCAGGGAAAUAACAUGUACCUCUUUCCAGGUAUUGGACUUGGUACUCUUUUAUCUGGCUCAAGGAUUAUAUCUGAUGGCAUGCUACAGGCUGCAGCAGAGUGCCUAGCUGCAUACAUGACGGAAGAGGAGGUUCUUGAGGGGAAGAUAUUCCCGUCAAUAUCUAGCAUAAGAGACAUAACAAAGGUGGUAGCUGCAGCUGUUGUGAAGGAAGCUAGCAAAGAGGAUUUGGCAGAAGGUUACCGUGAGAUGGAUGCCCAAGAGCUCCGAAGACUUAGCCAGAAAUGUUUGGUUUUGGCAGGAGGAACUUGUUGAAUUUGUGGAGACUAACAUGUGGAAUCCUGAAUACCCGACAUUGGUUUACAGGAAGGAUUGAUUCUGACGAAAUUGUCCCUGUCUAUUCUUUAAGAACCAAACUGAAUGUGAACAAAAUAAUAGACAAUAUUGUUGUAUGCAUCCUUUUUUGGUUGGCGUGGACUCUUAAAUAUGUGUCUAUGUUCCUGUUGUAACCAUGUAGAAGUCACUUACCCAAAAAAAAAAAAAACUAUGUAGAAUUCAAUUCGAGUUGUUUAUUUUGUAGCUACAUAGAAUUUUUUUUUUUUUUUUUUUUAACUUUCAUUCCGUUGACCUCAACUCAAUACCGGUGUUGUAUUUAUCUUUAAAUUAUAGUUGAAAACUUAUUGUGUAGA